AUGGAAGCGAAGCAGGCGCAAGGGGUGGUGCUGAGCGAGCUCGAGCAGGCGGAUGUGCCGGAGACGGCGCGCGUGUGCAUGGAGGCGUUCAACACGCUUCACUACAAGAACCUCGGACGUCAUCUCGAUUUCGGUCUCUUCGAGAGCGCCCUGGGCUUUCACCAGGCCCUUGCCUCUCAUCCCAAGGUGUACGGGGUGGUGGCGCGUAAUGCUGAGGGUCGUAUCGUGGGCUCCAACUUCCUUGAUCAAAGGGGCGAGGUCGCUUCUGUGGGUCCCAUCAGCGUCGACCCCAACACUCAAGCCACCGGUGUUGGGCGUGCGCUCAUGCAAGCCGUCAUUGACAAGGGCGUGAAGGACGGCCACAAGUCGAUCCGCCUCGUGCAGGAGGCCUACAACCUGGUCUCGUUCUCGCUCUAUGUCAAGCUCGGCUUCGAUCCCAAGGACCAGCUCAACUUCUUCAUGGGCCGGUGCGCCGAGGACUGGCCGGAGCCCAAGCUCAAGCUUGUCAUUCGCCCCAUGACCGCCGACGACCUCGCUGCCUGCGCCGCAUUGCACAAGCGAGUUGUGGGCGUGGAGCGCGAGCAGGAUCUGGCGGAGUGCCUGAGCUCGGUCUGGUCCACCUACCACGAUGAGCCGCUGGUGGCCGUCGAGGAGGGCAGCGAGCGCCUGGUGGGCUAUGCCACCAGCGUGACCCUGCCCGGGCACAGCGUGGGCGAGUGCGACGAGGUCGUGGCCCGCCUCCACUUCAAGAUGACCAGGCGCGUGUCGAGCGGCCGCAACGACGAUUCGGUGCUGCUCAAGGUCAUCGGGCGUCUCAGCCCGGCCCUGGUCAAGUGGGCGCUCACCGGUGGUGGCCUGCGGCUGCAGCGCAGCGCCACCUUGAUGGCCCUCGGCGCCUACAGCGAUCCCGUCGACGGCGUCUACGUCCCCUCCAUCGGCUAUUAG